AUGACGAAAACUUCAUGCAAAUCACUCGUUAAAGAUUAUUGCACAAGUUGUACUUUUGCAGGGGUUCAUUUUAUAGCUGAUAAUACCAGACAUUGGUCUGAGAGGUUCUUGUGGCUGAUACUGGUUAUCCUUUCCUGGUAUGGGUCAGCGUUAUUGAUAAUAGCAGCGUGGGAUGCCUUCAUCACGAAUCCCAUCAGUUUCGGCGUGGAGACAACGUACACAGACUGGGACACUAAGCUGCCAGCAGUCGCCAUCUGUGAAGCGAAUAACAAACUUAUGAUCUACAACGUUUCUGACACAUUAAUCGAUGUCUGUUACAAAAAUAAUAAUCCAGAUCCCUUCUGUCAAACUUCGAACUACAGUUACUAUGCGAAACUGGUGAGAAGUGGAUGUCGACAGACGUUGACCAACUGUUCCUAUAAUGACCAGGAUUUUGAUUGCUGCCAGUACUUUCAGCCCAUAGACACGGAUAUGGGGACUUGCUAUAUUAUGAAUUCUAUACAGACUAAAAAACCCAAUCCAUAUAAAAUGGUCGUAAACAUGAAACAAAAACGCGGAGUACUUAAGUUUGAUGUUUUAUUGCCUUCCAUGAUAUACACUCUAGGAGAAGAUGAAGUUCCCACUAUAACAUCGUCAAAAUAUUCGACAUUAAAAAUUAAGCUUGGACACAGUUAUCGGCGUCAACUGACUGUAAGAAACAUCGAGAACGACCCAUUGGUGGUAGAGACGAAACCGGAGCAACGCGCUUGCCGCUUGCAUUCCGAGAACGACGGACCCUAUCCACUAUACUCGUACAGCGCCUGCACGGUUCUUUGCCGCAAACGCGCGCAGCAGCGCAUCUGUCACUGCAACGACCAUUUCAUGUUGGCCACUAGUGUAUCAGAGCAUUGCAACAUAACAGGUAUGUUGUGUCUGCAUACACAUGAGAGUGAAUUAACAAUACUCAAGCCGCAGUGGGCACUGCACCGACGCGGCAUGACCUGCCACUGCCUGCCCUCUUGCGACGAAACUGAGAUAACUAUCAUUAAAGAUGUUGUUAGUUCCCAUAAAAGCAAAGAGAAAAAAGCAAAUAUCGAGAUAGUACUAGCAUAUUUACCCACGGAAAGAUUUAAAAGAAACGUGGUAAGAAGCCGGCUGGAUCUAGUCGUGUCCGUUGGAGGUACAACGGGACUAUUUGUGGGUGCAAGUCUACUCAGCUUUGUUGAACUUAUUUUCUACUUCACCGUACGCUUCGCUGGCAACUUUUGGAUUGUUAAAAAUAAAAAUAAAAAUGGAAUUGAACAAAUGAAUGCGAUUAAUAUUAACAGAAAUCUGGAGACGACACAAACUGGCAGGCGAGCGAUAAGAUUUGAAAAAACAUUUUUCCAACAGACUAGACCACAGAAUUUAAUGUAA